ACAUUGUUGUAUCGUCUGUUAUAGCUUGUAACAAAUCGAUUCAGUAACACAGAGAUCUCAUAUACUGCUCUCAGAUCCUGUACCUGUAACAAUCACUUUUAUGUUGAUACGUUCACUGGAAAAAAGUAAACUUACCUGUAAAUAAUCUCUUCUUGAAAAUAAAUGGAGAUUAUUUUCCAAUAUUAAAAAGAAGGAUUUGACUUAAAGUCAAAGUAAUUAGAUCCGACGGCUGAGAUUCUCUCUUCUUCAUCUCCUUUUCAGAUCAAAAUCCGAAAUUUCGAUCUCUUUCUCUCUCUUUCACUGAGGUUGAGGGGCGCCAAAAAAAACCCUUUUUUGAGAAAGAGGGAACUUUGUUUGUUUCUAAUUGAGCGAAAUCGAUUUGACGAAUUCCAGCUGGGCAAUUUCUCGUCUUCGUCAAUCUCAGGGUCCUUCUCCCAUACGAGCAGAAACGCGAAAGGAGAUUUAGCGAUGGAGCACGAGAAGGCGGUCAAAGAAGCCCUAAACGCACUGUAUCAUCAUCCGGAUGAUACAGUUCGUGUCCAAGCUGAUCGAUGGCUCCAGAACUUCCAAGGAACCCUCGAUGCUUGGCAGGUUGCGGAUAAUUUACUUCAUGAUUCUUCCAGCAAUUUGGAAACUUUGAUCUUUUGUUCUCAGACCCUUCGAAGCAAGGUUCAACGAGAUUUUGAAGAACUACCACCUGGGGCUUUUCAGAAGCUACGGCAAUCACUAACGACAUUGUUAAAAAAGUUUCACAAAGGCCCCCCCAAAGUUAGGACCCAGAUUAGUAUUGCUGUUGCUGCCUUGGCGGUGCACGUCCCUGCGGCUGAUUGGGGAGAUGGUGGUAUAGUUAGCUGGCUUAGGGAUGAGAUGAAUAUGCAUCCUGAGUAUGUGCCUGGUUUCUUGGAACUCUUGACAGUUUUGCCCGAGGAAACGUUUAACUACAAAAUAGCUGCUCGUCCGGAUCGACGACGUCAAUUUGAGAAUGAGCUUACUUCGCAAAUGGAAGCUGCACUUAGUAUAUUAACAGCAUGUUUGAAUAUAAUCGAACUUAAGGAACAGGUUCUUGAGGCAUUUGCUUCUUGGCUCCGUCUUAGGCAUGGGAUUCCUGGAGCAGUGCUUGCCUGUCACCCAUUGGUUCACUCAGCUCUCUCAAGUUUAAACUGCGAUCCACUCUCCGAUGCAUCUGUCAAUGUUAUCUCCGAAUUGAUACAUCACACGGCAUCACCAAGCUCUGGUGGUAUUUCUGCGCAAACACCCUUAAUUCAAGUUAUUGUGCCUCAAAUUCUAAGUCUUAAGGCGCAUCUAAGAGAUUCUUCAAAGGAUGAAGAAGAUGUCAAAGCCAUUGGUCGAUUAUUCGCCGACGUUGGGGAUUCAUAUGUUGAAUUGAUUGCGACUGGUUCAGAUGAAUCGAUGGUUAUUGUGCAUGCCCUGCUGGAAGUUACUGCGCACCCAGAAUUUGAUAUAGCCUCAAUGACCUUUAACUUUUGGCACAGUCUUCAACUUACGUUGACGAAGAGGGAUUCUUAUAUAUCUUUGGGUAGUGAAGCAUCUAUUGAAGCGGAAAGAAAUCGAAGACAGCAUGUCUUCCGGCCAGCCUAUGAGAACCUUGUAUCUUUGGUUGGCUUCAGAGUUCAGUAUCCUGAAGAUUAUCAAGACCUCUCGUAUGAGGACCUUAAAGAAUUCAAGCAGACAAGAUAUGCUGUUGCAGAUGUAUUAACUGACGCUGCGUCAAUCCUGGGAGGUGAUACAACGCUUAAGAUUCUCUAUAUGAAGCUUCUUGAGGCCAAUGCUCAGCCAGGAAAUGGGUUUCAAGAAUGGCGUCCUGCUGAAGCUAUUUUGUUCUGUAUCUGGGCAAUAUCCAAUUAUGUUUCAGUUGUUGAAGCUGAAGUGAUGCCCCAGGUGAUGGCCUUGCUUCAAAAUCUUCCACAGCAAGCGCAACUGCUUCAGACAGCAUGCUUACUUGUUGGGGCUUAUUCAAAAUGGCUUAAUGCUGCGCCAGCUAGUGUGUCAAUAUUGCCGUCGAUCAUUAGAAUUCUUAUGAGUGGAAUGGGGGCAUCUGAGGAUUGUGCAGCAGCUGCAGCUUUGGCUUUUAGACAUAUCUGUGACGAUUGCCGAAAAAAUCUUUGCGGGUAUUUCGAAGAUUUAUUUACAAUCUAUUGUAUGGCAAUUAAUGGCGGCAGUGAUUAUAAAGUAUCUGCUGAGGAUUCGCUAAAUCUCGUUGAAGCUUUAGGUAUGGUUGUUACAGAACUUCCUUUAGAUCAAGCCAGGAGUGCGCUUGAGAAAUUAUGCUUAUUAGCCGCUUCUCCUUUAGAGGAAGCUGCGAAAGAAGAUUUGGACAAGAAGCAUGCCCGGGAAUUGACUGUUCAUAUUGACCGUUUUGCCUUCCUGUUCAGGUAUGUGAACCACCCUGAAGCUGUUGCUGCUGAGAUCAAUAAACAUUGGGCUAUUUUCAGAGUAAUUUUUGAUGCUCGUCCUUGGGACAUGAGGACAAUGGAAGCUCUAUGCAGAGCAUGCAAAUAUGCUGUACGUACUUCUGGAAGAUACAUAAUUAACACAAUUGGGGAAAUGCUGGCAAAAAUUCAAUUCCACUAUCAGCAGCAUCAUCAGCCAUGCUUUCUCUAUCUCUCCAGUGAAGUUAUAAAGAUUUUUGGUUCAGACCCGUCUUGUGCCGACUACUUGAAGAAUCUGAUUGAAACACUCUUUGCUCACACAACAUGUCUUAUGACAAGUAUCAAGGAAGUCACUGCUAGACCAGACAUAGCUGAUGAUUGCUUUUUGUUGGCAUCGAGAUGUCUCCGUUACUGUCCGCAUUUAUUUAUUCCUUCUCAUAUAUUUUCACCAAUUGUAGAUUGCGCAAUUAUUGGAAUGACGGUGCAGCACAGAGAGGCCUGCCACUCGAUAUUGACCUUCUUAUCCGACAUUUUUGACCUCGAGAAAUCUGUGAAUGGAGAGCAGUUCAGACGAAUCAGGGACAAUGUCAUUAUUCCCCGGGGAGCUACAAUCACCAGAAUCUUGAUUUCAUCAUUAGCAGGAGCACUUCCCAGUUCUCGGCUGGAUACGGUAACAUAUGCGCUGCUAGCUCUGACCAGAACAUACGGUUUACAAGCAGUGGGUUGGGCUAAGGCAACUGUUAGCCUGAUACCUCGAACAGCUGUUACAGAGACCGAGUCUGCUAAGUUCUUACAAGGGUUAUCCGAUGCUGCUUAUGGAGCAGAUGUGAAUUCUCUGAUAGGACACGCAGAGGAACUUUCAGAUGUUUGUCGCCGUAACCGUACUGUUCAAGAACUUGUUCAGGCAGCUUUGAAGCCGCUUGAGUUGAAUCUGGUUGCUCCUGUAUCAUAGAGAUGAUGAAAACAAACAAAGAAAGAAAGAAAGAAAGAAAAGUGGGAAGAGCCAUAGAAAGGUCAAUUUUUGCAUAGACCCCUUUUGAUGGUCUUUUAUCCAAAGGUUGAGAGAUUUGAUGUUUUUUGUUCAUAAAGAUUUUUUUCUAUUUUGUUGUAUUCCUUUCUGGUGUGAGCCGUUGUUCCAUUCUUUGGCCGGUUUAUCCCAGUGCGAAGAACCAAACUUCAAUCUAUUUUUAAUUAAACCGGGUGAGAGAAAACAGAAGGGGUCCUUUUCCCCUUCAGGGAUUGGUAUGAUUUUGAGUGGGGAUUAUAUACAAAAGCAUCCAUGUUCUUUCUUUCUUGUUAAGCUUACAGAGUAUUACUCUUUUCUCA